AUGUCUACCAAUUUUGAAAAGCAUUUUCAAGAGGAUGUGGAUAAUUUAAACUUAGAGCAAUUGAGAGAUGUGCUAAUAAACAAAUCGGGUUCUACAAAAUUAGCCAAUAGGUUCAGGGCUUUAUUUAAUUUAAAGUGUUAUGCUGAAGAUUUCAAUAAUAAAAAAAAAGCUGACACAGCAGUUCACUACAUUUCCUUAGGCUUUGAUAAUGAGCCAAGUGAAUUAUUAAAACAUGAGGUCGCCUAUGUGCUAGGCCAAACUAAAAAUUUGACUGCUUGUCCAUCCUUAAGAAAAACUAUGCUGGAUCCAACUCAACAAUGUAUGGUUAGACAUGAGGCAGCAGAAGCUUUGGGCGCUUUAAAUGACAAUGAUUCUAUUCCAUACUUGAAAAAGUGUAUGAAAGAAGAUCCAGAAGAAAGUGUUAGACAAACAUGUGAAUUGGCAAUUUCAAGAAUUGAAUGGCAACAUAGUGAAACUGCUAAAAAGGAAGUUUUGCAAGAUUCUUUAUAUUCCUCAAUAGACCCAGCACCACCCUUAGAUUUGAGUCAAAACUAUGAUAUUGAGCAUUUAAAAUCUAUGCUAAACGACAACUCAUUACCUUUAUUUAUAAGAUAUAGAGCUAUGUUUAGAUUGAGAGAUAUUGGUACUGAUGAAGCUUGUUUUGCUUUAGCUUCUGGUUUCGAUGACGAUAGUGCAUUGUUUAAACACGAAAUUGCUUAUGUGUUUGGCCAAAUUGGUAAUCCAGUUAUUGUUCCUAAUUUGAUUGAGGUUUUGAAUAGAGAAAAGGAAGCUCCAAUGGUAAGACAUGAAGCUGCUGAGGCUUUAGGUGCUAUUGCUACUGAUGAUGUUUUACCUAUUUUAAAGGACCACUUGCAAGACGACGAAGAUGUUGUUAGGGAAAGUGCUAUUGUUGCGUUAGAUAUGUAUGAUUAUGAAAAUAGUAAUGAUUUAGAAUACGCACCAUCAUAG